AUGAAAAUCACCUCGGAGCUGGUAAAAAGAGGCCUAACCCCUGUCUUUAGAUUUACAGUCCAAUGCUUCACUCAGCCAUUUUACCUCACCCCCACUGAUGUUCGCCGACCGUUGACUAUUCUCUACAAACCACAAAGACAUUGGAACACUAUACCUAUUAUUCGGCGCAUGAGCUGGAGUCCUAGGCACAGCUCUAAGCCUCCUUAUUCGAGCCGAGCUGGGCCAGCCAGGCAACCUUCUAGUAAUACCCAUCAUAAUCGGAGGCUUUGGCAACUGACUAGUUCCCCUAAUAAUCGGUGCCCCCGAUAUGGCGUUUCCCCGCAUAAACAACAUAAGCUUCUGACUCUUACCUCCCUCUCUCCUACUCCUGCUCGCAUCUGCUAUAGUGGAGGCCGGAGCAGGAACAGGUUGAACAGUCUACCCUCCCUUAGCAGGGAACUACUCCCACCCUGGAGCCUCCGUGUCUCCUCUAUCUUAGGGGCCAUCAAUUUCAUCACAACAAUUAUCAAUAUAAAACCCCCUGCCAUAACCCAAUACCAAACCGCCCCUCUUCGUCUGAUCCGUCCUAAUCACAGCAGUCCUACUUCUCCUAUCUCUCCCAGUCCUAGCUGCUGGCAUCACUAUACUACUAACAGACCGCAACCUCAACACCACCUUCUUCGACCCCGCCGGAGGAGGAGACCCCAUUCUAUACCAACACCUAUUCUGAUUUUUCGGCUUCGGAAUAAUCUCCCAUAUUGUAACUUACUACUCCGGAAAAAAAGAACCAUUUGGAUACAUAGGUAUGGUCUGAGCUAUGAUAUCAAUUGGCUUCCUAGGGUUUAUCGUGUGAGCACACCAUAUAUUUACAUUAGGAAUAGACGUAGACACACGAGCAUAUUUCACCUCCGCUACCAUAAUCAUCGCUAUCCCCACCGGCGUCAAAGUAUUUAG